AUGAAGAGACAGCUUUGUAUUACAUCUGAACUGCCAGAGCCACGAAGACGGAAGCGUUCCGCUAGAAUGCAUCCAGCAUCCGUGGUAGACAUUUCUUCUCUUUCACCAGAUGUUUUACAUACAAUUCUUUCGUUUCUAGUUUCAGAGAGUGGAUGCGUCGAUUGUGAAUCACUCAAGUCCGCUUCUCUGGUAUGCAAGAAAUGGAGAGAAGUGUCAUUAUCACGAUCCUUGUGGUCGAUUCCGACAAAUCUUCAGGGAAAUGGGGUGCAUAAAAAGGAUUCCAUUAAUAUUUCUUUAUCGAUAUGGGAUUCCUCUCCCUAUGAUGGCAGAAUAGGUGGUCAAAGCUUGAUGGGUUUCAUCAAGAUCUGUCACCUUGAGUCAUCGAAGGAAAGUGACGCUACACGAUUUCUCGCGAAGGAAAAGGCAACGGGGAAAGAUUGCAUCUUGUCAAUUGCCAAGUCAAAACAAAAAUCAAGCAACAUGAUAAAAGAGGUAUUUCGUGGGCACCAAGUGGAACAACGUCACUUCCUUUGUCCGCACUUGGAAUCCUUCGACCGAAAUGUGCCAAGAGGAAUUCGACUUUUGAAUGACAGAGUGGUCCGUUGGUACGAAAACAACACUGUUCAUCCAGUGACCCCUCCUGCCACCUCGAAUCCUCGUUGCGAUGCUGACUUUCAGCGCAAUGAUGAUAGUCCCAUGUCUCAAAUGUUCAAGCUCCAAAGUACUAUGGGGGAGCAGAAUCCCUCAAGACAACGUCUAAGAUCGGAUUCGUGGGCAAUGAUCGUUGACUGGAUCGCUGAAGUAGCAGAAUGUUUUGAUCUUGAUGAUGAAACCAUUUUUCGAACCAUGGAUCUUGUGGAUCGUGUGGUCACCGCAAGCAAGUACACCAUGAAAAAGCAGUAUUAUCAGCUAGUUGCUGCGGCAUGCUUGCAGAUUGCUUCAAAAUGUAGUAGCAAAGAAAUCAGCGGCUCAAAUAUUUGCAUGUGCUCCGACAACUCGUUUACCGUCGCAGUUUUGGCCAGAACUGAAGAGUACGUUCUGACCAAACUGGGAUGGAAGCUCGCGUUCCCAAGUUCACUGGACUUUUUGAAUCAGCUACGAGUCAUCCUUGAUCUAGACAAGGACAGCAGAAUGUUUCAGGUGAUGCGAUACGUUUCAGAGUUGGCAUUGCAGACAAAGCUGUAUGUUCACUUUGAGCCGUCCAUGGUUGCUGCCACCGCUGUGGUUCUUUCCAACUACAGUCUAGACAACCAAGAGCUAUGGUCAGACGAAUUGGAAGGGCAUACCACAUAUUCUUUGGAGGAUCUUGCAGAGUGCACAAUUGCAAUGUCAAGACUCUUGCAGGAUGUUCGUCACCGAUACCCGAACUUGAUCAUUAUUGAUCAACGAUACCGAAAAGCAUCGAGAGGAUGCGUGGCUGAAAUAUCAAUUCCAAUCAUUCCAUCAUUUGCUUCCUUGGUUUCGUAUCAACAAACUAGAUCUCGACAGAACCCUGAUGCAGUAUCUCCUUGA